AUGGCGAGUACAGCAUGCUUUGUGAUUGUCAGUAAGAAUGACAUCCCGAUCUAUGAGGCAGAAGUUGGAUCUGCACCCAAAAAAGAAGAUUUGUCUUAUCACCAUCAGUUUAUCCUGCAUGCUGCAUUAGAUGUUGUUCAGGACCUAGCAUGGACCACAAAUGCAAUGUUCCUGAAGUCAGUUGAUAGAUUCAAUGACCUUGUGGUAUUCAUGUUGCUUCAUGACUCACGUAGUGAAGAUGGAAUAAAAAGCUUUUUUCAAGAGGUCCAUGAACUUUACAUCAAGAUAUUCCUCAACCCGCUUUACCUGCCCGGCUCUCGCAUCACAUCCUCUCAUUUUGAUACCAAGGUCAGGGCCCUCGCAAGGAAGUACCUGUAA